AGGUAGCCUUGGACCCAGCCGCCCGAGAUGGCGGGCUGCACUCGCCCGGAGGCGGGGGCGGGGCGGGCAAGGGGCGUUACUGCGGCCCAUGAUGUCACUGUCGCGGCGGACCUUGGCGAUCCCGGGCCAGCUGUGCUGCCCGGCUGCGCGCCGGAGAUCGGAACAGGCAGCUCGCUCAUGAGUCAUGGACUUCCCCUGGCCCCUCCUCGACCACUCCCACUCCCUCUCAGGGCCCCCCCGUAGGGGCUAACGCGGGCGCGGCGGCUCCGAGGGGGUGGGGCUGCUGGGGAUGGCUGUGCCCCCUUCAGCUCCAGUGCCGUGCUCGCCCUUUUACCUGCGGAGGCAGGAGGCUUGCCCGCAGUGCUCAUGGAGCAUGGAGGAGAAGGCGGUGGCCAGCGCCAGUUGCUGGGAGCCUCCAGGCCCCCCGAGGGCCGCCGUCCCGUGCUUCGCCAUCGCAGUGGACCAGGACGACAUCCUCCCCGGUGCUCUGCGCCUUAUCCGGGAGCUGCGGCCGCACUGGAAGCCCGAACAAGUUCGGACCAAGCGUUUCAAAGAUGGCAUCACCAACAAGCUAUUGGCCUGCUAUGUGGAGGAAGACAUGCGGGACUGCGUGCUGGUCCGGGUGUACGGGGAGUGGACAGAGUUGCUGGUGGACCGGGAGAAUGAGAUCAGAAACUUCCAACUGCUGCGAGCGCACGGCUGCGCCCCCAAACUCUACUGUACCUUUCAGAACGGGCUAUGCUACGAGUACAUGCAGGGUGUGGCCCUGGGACCAGAGCAUAUCCGAGAGCCCCAGCUCUUCAGGUUAAUCGCCCUAGAAAUGGCAAAGAUUCACACCAUCCACGCCAAUGGCAGUCUGCCUAAGCCCACUCUCUGGCAUAAGAUGCACCGCUAUUUCACGCUGGUCAAGGAUGAGAUCAGUCCCAGCCUUUCUGCAGAUGUCCCCAAGGUAGAGGUGUUGGAACAGGAGCUGGCCUGGCUGAAGGAACACCUGUCCCAGUUGGAUUCCCCCGUGGUGUUCUGUCACAAUGACCUGCUCUGCAAGAAUAUCAUCUAUGACAGUGACAAAGGCCACGUGCGCUUCAUCGACUAUGAAUACGCAGGGUACAACUACCAGGCUUUCGACAUUGGCAACCAUUUCAAUGAGUUUGCAGGUGUGAAUGAGGUUGAUUACUGCAGGUAUCCAGCUCGGGAGAUCCAGCUACAGUGGCUACGCUAUUAUCUGGAGGCACAGAAGGGGACAGCUGCGUCCCCCAGGGAGGUGGAGCGGCUUUACGCACAAGUCAACAAAUUUGCUCUGGCAUCCCAUUUCUUCUGGGCACUCUGGGCACUCAUACAGAACCAGUAUUCCACCAUCAACUUUGACUUCCUCAGGUGCGUAUGGGGAGUUGUGGGACGAUGGGUGUGGGCAGUGAGAAGGGAGAGCCUUGAUCGCCGCGUGACCAAAGCCAGUCAAAACGAAAUGUCAGAGUCCCUCCAGUGUGCAGCAGAGGCUGCCUGGGGAGUCCCACCAAACCUAGUGAAGGCACCCCCAUCCUCCACUAAACCUCUACCCGCCGUUCUCAAUCUGUGGGUUGUGACCCACUUGGCAAACCUGUCUCCAAAAAUACAUUACAACUGGUGACAGUAGCAAAAUUACAGUCAGUUAUGAAGUAGCAAUGAAAAUAGCUUUAUGGUUGGGGGGGGGGUCACCACAGCCUGAGAAACUGUGUUCAAAGGUUGCAGCCUUGGGAAGGUUAGAACCACUGCUCUGAACUGUCCUCCCCAGCAUCUGGGCCCACACCUCACUGGUGCCAUCCUAGCCAGAGCCUGAGAACCAGUGUGAAGAGGAAAGGCUGCCCAGCCUGUGUGUGGCAUUUGUUGCCCAGUCUGGUGACCUGAGUUUGAUCCCCAGACCCCAUUUAAAAGUGGGAGGAGGGAACUGAAUCCCUAAAGUUGUCCUCUGACCUUUACACUGUGGUAUACGCACCCCUGCACUCUUUAAAAGUUAAAGAGGAGCUGCAGUGUGCAAGGGUCUUGCACAGAGAUCUGACCCUACUGGAAACCACUGGCAUCUACCUCUUCAGAGGCUUAGGGACCGUAUCUAAACUCCUACACGGCAGCUGGGGAGCCCAUUAAAUGAGGCCCCUUAAUUCUUCUAGGUGGGGAAUCAGUUCCUCCCUUCUGUCCCCAUCUACCCUCAGCUAAUGGGAAUCACCCUGUGCUGGCUCUUGAGAGUCUAGGGCACACAUGGGGAUAUGUUAUAGAACCAGCGAAGGCAGAAAAUCAAGAGCAUUUGCAAGGAUGUGGGGAUACUGGAACCCUUGCAUUCUGCUGAUAAUGCAAACUGGCCCCCACUCUGGAGAAAAAAGUUCCUUCAAACACUGAAAACUGGAACUCGGGCUUGGCGGUAGUAGUAGCAUAUUCUUUUAAUCUCAGCGCACAGGAGGCAGAGGCAGAGGAAUGUCUGUUCACUAGAGGCCAGCCUAGUCUACAGCCUGGUCUUCAGGCCAGCUAGAACAGCUAUGUAGAAAAAAUGAAGAGUGGGGAGAGGAGGAGAACAAGAAGAGGAGAACAAAAGGGGGAGGAGAACUGAAGUGGUGGUACCAUGCUUAAGUUAGAAAACAGAGGCAGGGGGAUCUCUGACGAAUUUGAGGCCAGCCUGGUCUACAGAAUGGGUUUCAGGACAGCCAGGGUUAUGUAGAGAGAUCCUGUCUCAAGAAGGUGUGUGGGGGCAGAACAGAACGCCUGUGUGAUCCAGCAAUCUUCCUGCUCCGGCUGGGUCUAUGUCCUGAGGAACAGAAGAAGAGCAGGCUUACACCCAUGUUUACAGCACUGGCCGUGGCAGAAGCCAGGUGUUGUCACCUGGUGAAUGAAUGUCACAGGACAUUAUCUUAUCUUUGACAAGAAGGGGAUCUAGUCACGUGCUAUGCAGAUGACCCCUGAGGACAUAAAUCAACCACAAAGACACAUAGAUGUCUUAUGUUUGUGACAGAGUCAUGCACAGGGACAGAACAGAGCACUCACUAGGCUGGAGACCAGAAGGUGGCGAGAAGUAAGUUUUAGCUUUGAAAAGUUCAGGAGGCCCACUGCAAAACAGGGGCCAUAACAACACCACAAAAUAAUAAAACCAAAAACAGUAAGCACCUUGUUUACUGUAGCCCAGACUGGAGGGUUGCUCCACUCUGAAGAAUCAAUAGAUUUGGCUGGCUCUGAGUUCGAGCCAGCCUGGUCUACACAGUGAGUUCAAAGACCAUGAGUGAGGACUCUACAGACAGAUCCUGUCUGCAAACAAACAACGGUUGACUUGCCCAGACCUGGAUGAGUCUAAGCUUGGAGGUAGUCCCCAGUAGGCUGUCAGUCUCCCCGCUCACCCACUUCCUUGCCUGUCCUCCGCAGGUAUGCAGUGAUCCGAUUCAACCAGUACUUUAAGGUGAAGCCUCAGGUGUCAGCCUUGGAGAUGCCAAAGUGACCAGCCUCCUGUUUCUCCAUGCCCUCUUGCUGCCAGAAUUGCUCCCCGGGGUACCCUUCUGCCUUGGAGUUGGCACACUGGGACAAGGUGAGCAUCUUUGGAGAAGGCCCCCCCACAGUGGAUGCCAACAAAGACCUCACUUUCCUGUUUGGAGGGGCUGCCGAGCCCCAGCGUUGCGGGGGGAUCCUCUUCACCCUGCCAGGCUUGGAGAGGAAGUGCCUGCAGAUGGCUGGGGCCUGCACUGCCACCCUGUCGUGAGAGCACAGUGUAGCCAGCCCAGGCUUGCUAGAGCUUGGGCUGCCUCAGUCCGUCCUUGACCCUUCCUGGCAGGGGAGGGGAAGGGCUUGUUUCUACCUCUGGUGCCAGCCUCCAGCUGAGCCAUGUAUGCCCCAGUGAGAGGUGCUGAGCUCCAAGCCAGCAGGAAGCCAAUUCAGCUGUCAUCUUGGGGGGAGAGGUCCCAGCUGCACCUGACAGUUCCUCCAGCAGCUGCCUUAUCUGAGGCUGCCAACUUCUCCAAGCCAGAUGCCAUCCAGCCACCCCUUCCCUAGGUCCCCUCCUCGUGUUCCUGCUAGGUCCCUGCAGAGGAGAGGGACAGAGACCUGGGAGUAGGCCUGGCCUUGAGUCAUGGGGCAGGUACCAGAGCCAGCAGCAUCCUCCACCUCUCCCCCUUCUAUUCUGAACUUAACUUCUGGUCUUCCCAUUGGGGAAUGAAUGGUGGAAGGCAAGGGGGCAAGGCCUAGGUGCCGUGAGGCCAGCACAGCUGCCUGGGCAUGUCCAGAUGCUGACGGUGUUGUCAGUUCAGUGUCCACGUCCCAGUCCUUACAGUUCCUGAGGGGGUCCGGUAUAGGCCUCCACUGUGAUUCAUUUGUAGAUUAUCAUGGUUUUCUGCAUUAAAAUGUUUGUUUCUUGGA